AUGGAUCGAAAUCUUGCGCGCGCGGUGACCGACAAGAAGCCGGUCCCCGAGAUCGAUUUCUCUUUGCAUACCAUGGAAGAUGGCUCGCAGGUGUCCACACUGGAAAGAGUGGUCAAAGAGGUGCAAGCGCCGGCCUUGAACACGCCUCCGGAUGAGAUGUUCUGGUCGCCAGACGAUCCCUCCAAGCCGAACCUCCAGUUCCUCAAGCAGCACCUGUACCGCGAAGGUCGCCUCACAGAAGAACAGGCACUGUGGAUUAUCCAUGCCGGGACCCAGAUUCUCAAGUCGGAGCCGAAUCUCCUGGAGAUGGAUGCUCCGAUCACGGUUUGUGGCGAUGUUCACGGGCAGUACUACGAUUUGAUGAAACUGUUUGAGGUUGGCGGCGACCCCUCGGAGACUCGGUAUCUCUUUCUGGGUGAUUAUGUCGACCGAGGGUAUUUCAGCAUAGAGUGUGUUCUGUACCUUUGGGCCUUGAAGAUUUGGUACCCGGACUCGCUGUGGCUGCUGCGAGGCAACCAUGAGUGUCGCCACCUCACGGACUACUUUACCUUUAAAUUGGAGUGCAAACACAAGUACAGCGAACGAAUCUACGAGGCGUGCAUCGAAUCCUUCUGUGCGCUGCCGCUGGCGGCGGUCAUGAACAAGCAGUUCCUCUGUAUCCACGGUGGUCUCAGCCCGGAGCUGCACACAUUGGAAGAUAUCAAGGCGAUCGAUCGCUUCCGGGAACCCCCCACUCAUGGCCUGAUGUGUGACAUCCUUUGGGCUGAUCCUCUGGAAGAAUUCGGGCAAGAAAAGACGGGCGAUUUCUUCAUUCACAACAGCGUGCGCGGUUGCUCCUAUUUCUUCUCCUAUCCCGCCGCGUGUGCGUUUUUGGAGAAAAACAACCUUCUCUCCAUCAUUCGAGCCCACGAAGCCCAGGACGCCGGGUAUCGCAUGUACCGGAAGACACGAACUACUGGUUUCCCCAGUGUGAUGACCAUUUUCAGCGCGCCCAAUUACCUCGAUGUGUACAACAACAAGGCGGCCGUGCUCAAGUACGAAAACAACGUGAUGAACAUUCGGCAAUUCAACUGCACCCCGCACCCGUACUGGCUACCGAACUUCAUGGAUGUCUUUACGUGGUCAUUGCCAUUCGUUGGUGAGAAAAUUACCGACAUGCUUAUCGCCAUUCUCAACACCUGCUCCAAGGAGGAAUUGGAGGAUGACACGCCUACAUCGGUGUCGCCCAGCGGGCCAUCCUCACCUCCCUUGCCGAUGGACACCGAGUCCAGCGAGUUCAAGCGACGGGCCAUCAAGAACAAGAUUCUUGCCAUCGGUCGUCUCUCCCGUGUUUUCCAGGUGCUCCGUGAGCAGUCGGAGAGUGUCACUGAACUGAAGACGGCGGCUGGCGGUCGUCUUCCGGCGGGCACCCUCAUGCUGGGUGCAGAGGGCAUCAAACAGGCAAUUAACAACUUUGAGGAUGCCCGGAAAGUAGAUCUGCAGAACGAACGCCUGCCUCCGACACAGGAAGAGGUCUACCGCAAGAGCGAGGAGGACCGGCGCGCGGCCUUGGAGCGGGCUGAACACGAAGCGGCCAACGACGCCGGUCUCGCGACUGUCGCCCGAAGAAUCAGCAUGUGA